UCUGCCUCCGAGCGCGUGUGUGUGUUUGUGUGUGUGUGUAUGUUGGAAGGAGAAAAGAGAUAAAGAGAGAGAGAGAAAGGGAGGGAGAGGCAAGCGGCGUUUAUUCUCCCCCCUUUAGCCUCCCCGUUUCCCUGCUCCCUGUCACUCCAUCCUUCCUCCCCUCUCCUGGACCACCCUCCAGCCCCGCUUUGAGCCGGACCGAGACCCCCUACCACCCAGACCACCCCGGGACCCUUUGACUCUCCUCACUUCUCCGUCCCACCAGCCACAACCUCUGAGCAGGGAUUCCACUCGGGUCCUCUCCUAUCCUGGAGUGCUGUCUGUGAACAUCUCAACCGCACAAUAUCCACUUAACCCAGCUGCCACGCUUAAUUUGAUCUAAAUAAGCUUCUGCUGACCAGGCGCAGCAAAGUCCAUCAGCCAGACGUCCAGUCACCCCAUUCUGCUGAAAGGCUGAUAGCCACAGGUCACAUGACCUGGAAGAAAAAGCCUUGGAGACUUUUGGGAUCCCUCUUUGCAUGGACUGGUUAUCAACCUGAAGGGAAAUCCAAAGGCUGAUGAACUGAUCCGUGUCUGUGUGAGACCACAUUGCUCUGGUGUCCUAUAUGCACUGCGAACACACCACGCAGCGGAAAUCUGGUGACUGGCUGGCUGGAAUACCACCGCACUCCUUCUCCUUCUGAGGACAUCUUACCGCUGGACCACCAGUUUUCCCUCCCCGAGCAUGGAGCCCACAAAAGUCCAGUCAGAGGGUGGCCUCAAUGUCACCCUGACCAUCCGCCUCCUCAUGCAUGGAAAAGAGGUUGGAAGUAUAAUUGGAAAGAAAGGAGAAACAGUAAAAAAGAUGCGAGAAGAAAGUGGAGCGCGAAUCAAUAUUUCUGAGGGCAACUGUCCAGAGAGGAUUGUUACCAUCACUGGACCAACGGACACCAUCUUCAAGGCUUUUGCUAUGAUCGCCUACAAAUUUGAGGAGGACAUAAUCAAUUCCAUGAGCAACAGUCCAGCAACCAGCAAGCCUCCUGUCACCUUAAGGCUUGUUGUGCCAGCCAGCCAGUGUGGCUCCCUCAUAGGAAAAGGAGGCUCCAAAAUCAAAGAAAUGAGAGAGUCCACAGGGGCCCAGGUCCAGGUAGCAGGCGACAUGCUGCCCAACUCCACAGAACGUGCGGUGACAAUCUCUGGGACCCCAGAAGCCAUCAUCCAGUGUGUCAGACAGAUCUGUGUGGUUAUGCUGGAGUCCCCACCAAAAGGUGCCACUAUCCCUUACCGCCCAAAGCCCACCUCCACCCCUGUCAUUUUUUCUGGUGGCCAGGCCUACACAAUUCAGGGACAGUACGCCAUACCACACCCAGAUCAGUUGACCAAGCUCCACCAGUUGGCUAUGCAGCAAACCCCCUUUACCCCUCUCGGACAGACCACCCCUGCUUUCCCUGGUUUGGAUGCCAGUCCACCAGCCAGCACCCAUGAACUCACCAUUCCUAAUGAUUUAAUAGGGUGCAUUAUUGGACGCCAGGGCACCAAAAUAAAUGAGAUUCGACAGAUGUCUGGGGCGCAGAUCAAAAUUGCAAAUGCCAUGGAGGGCUCAUCAGAGCGUCAGAUUACCAUCACAGGGACCCCCGCUAACAUCAGCCUGGCCCAAUAUCUCAUCAAUGCCAGGCUGACGUCUGAAGUCACUGGAAUGGGCACACUCUAGUUUCAACCCAUCUUUCCUCAGUGCAUCACAUGACCCUUGAGCGAAUGAAUGGCAUUGUACCUAAUUUAUUGGUUUCUCUGUGUUUGGUAUUUUUUAAGUGACUUUAACUUUGAUUAUUUAUAGUAUUUAGUGUAAACACGUGUAUCUGCACUGUUACUAGGACUCCUCACACCUCGUUUUACGUUUUUGAAAGGCUUUACUUUUUUGUCACUCUAGUAUCUUCCAUGCCAUCUCAUGCACUACAUCACUCUGUCGUACCUCGCGUUUUAUAAGACGGCACCAUACUCGUUCUUUUGUAAUGCAGGCACUUGAAAGUAAACACAAAGUAAACCUAAGUAUUGGUUUAACAAUUUACACUGAGGUUGUCCCCCCUCCAGCCCCACAUCCUUUUACACUGACCCAUUUUUUAGACUGCUAGCUGGGACAAUACAUUAAGCAACACAAAUGUUCAGCAGCUAUAUCAUUUACUUUACUCCAGUUCAUUUCACACUGAUUUCAUGAUUGAGGAAAUUAGUGCUCUACUUUGUGCCUGUAGACAUUUGCCUGUUCGUCCUAGCAUUGUAUGUACACUAUAGAAUGAUCUGCAUGACGCACAGAACCGACUACAUUUCACAUUCAUUUUAAAAUCAAACAGGUGGAACCAAACGGAAAUGGAAGAGUGAAAGGGAUGGGUGUAUCACUCUGACUCCAGUCUGAAAUGACCGAGGGUGUAAGCCAGAAAAAAAAAAGGAAACCAUGCUAAUGCAUAAAUAUCAGCCUUUCCGAGUUUCUUGUGAGACCUGACAGAAAGCUGGGAUAGAAAAAUGAAAAUAUAUCAAGGAAAUGACUGGAGCAAAGAGUGAAAUUCAAAUGCAUGCUAUGAAUAAAGCCCUUUUUAUUCACCUAUACUCCACCACCAUAUAAACAUUAUUCAUGUCGUCAUGUCAUAGCAACUGUGUAUAAGCAGCAUGGGCCAUAUGGAGCGAUUUCAGAAUUGUCUAGUGUAUAUUUGCACUCACAUGUAGCUCAUGUAAAGAUUUCAUUGUAAAUCACAAGAGCUGAAAAGCUCGUGGGUAGUGUCCUUGAAGACACUUGUUACAAAGUGGUAGGAAGCAAGCCAUUUUAGAAACAGAAAGUGUAGAGUAUUACUGGUAAGCAUGCAUGAAACGUUGGGAUAUCUAAAACACUGAAAGCAUAUUUUUCAAUUUACGUAUUUACACAUGAUUCAGUUGAUAGCCGUGCUUACAUACACGUAUGUAUAACUCUCUGCAGCUGCCAUCUACUACAGAGAGUAUUGUGGGUGACUGUACUGAUUUUAUGGUAUGUGUUCACAGGGGCGUUUCUGGAAGUGAGCAGUUGCACUCAGAACUUGCCACUAGGUAGUGUCAGUGUCCAUAUGAACAUCUGACAAUUUGCUACUGGAUUUUAAUUAUGACCCAUAUGCCAGCUUGGUUAAUUUGGCCAAUGUUAUAGAAACAGUGGGACCCAAGAAAUAAGCCAAGUAAUGGCAUUAUAUAUUUAGUUUCGCAUCAGUUCUUUCUGUUGAAAGGCAAACACAGGAUAUACCAGUGGUAAUAAAAUGUGCUUAAUUGUUGUUAGGAUGAUGAAGACGUUCAGCCCCAAAAGGUUUGAGAAUCCAAGAUCUGGUAGCAUCAAUGGGAAUAUUGAUGCUACCAGAAUGCUCACAUAGACUAUGGAAAUGAAGGAUCCUGUGAACAUGUACCAUUAUCUCCAAAUGGGCACAUAACUUUUGGCCCUGUUGCUCAGUCUGAAGCUGAAUGUACUUCAAAUAUGUGUUUUAACUAAUAUUUACAUGUCACACUGGGCUAUAUUAAUUACACAGGUAUAUUUUCAAUCAGGUGCAUCAAAGCUAAAUGAUGUAAACAAUUAUUUAACAAACGUUUUCGAACGUUACCAGGUUAAGAAGGUCACCCUCAAAUGAAGUCGGUUUCAGAUGAUAUAUUUAAUAAUUACCAUAUUAUUACACCAGAUACAUACAAUAUUACAUGCUGAAAUUAUUUUUCAUUAUGAUAAAUAAAAAAUGUAAGCCUAAAUGUUCCUGUAUUUUCUGCAAGAAACAAAUUUAUUCAGCAAGUACAGCGCUUGUUUCAGCUUCUGUAGGGUAUAAGAUCAAAACUAGGGGAUAUCUUCAUGUGUCAUGUGACUGAAGAUUGUUUUGGGGGAUAUUUUUACCUUUUUUAUAGCUGAGGUAGAAAUAGGCAAGAAAUGUUGAAAAAGAUAGCAGGACGUGCAACUAUUACAUUUUUUUCUCAAUCCCACUGUUUCAAAAAUCCUGACUAUAUUACAAUAAUUAAACAAUUUACUUACAAAGUGUUUAUACAUUUAUGCAUAACUCUUACAUGAAAUAUUGGUCGGGCCAUUACAAAUUUGGCCCAGGUCCUGAGUAUUUGGAUAGAAUGGAUUAUAUAUGGGUUAUUACUUUUGAGUAUAGAGUCAGUGAUAUUGUUUUGUUACAUUUCACAUCUUUUCACACUUACAUUGUGAAUGUAUCUCUCUACUUUGUACAUUAUCACUCAUCUGGCUGCAUUCAGAUGAACAAACAGAGCGCUCGCUGAUUGAGGGCUGACGUGUUUUAAACAUUGUGUUCAUGUAAAACUGUUCUAACUGUAAUUACUUGAGCAGAGUGGGUAAAAAUGGUUCACAUUACUGUGAGAUUUUGAUAUCAGGUAUAUAGCUGCCUGUUGUCAAAAAUGACUUGCAGAAAUAUUUUGCACUAGCACUAAAAAACCAGUCCAGCAGAUUUUACAGACCACACAAUGUCUAAAAUAUUACUUGGCGACCAUCAGCUUCAAAUGCUCAACAAAACAAAAGAAGCUAAUGUGAACAGUUUAUGUGGCACACGGAGGCUAACCACCACAGAAUAACAUGAACACUUCCAAGUCAGAAACAGGUCAAUGAAUUCCUGUCCUUUCCAUUCUGUUGAGAUCUUAUGAAUGCAAUAUUUGGUUUCAUUCAAAACCUAUUCCACUUCUCUAUAAUCUAGCCAUUAAUUUGUUUAUUUUUUCAUGUUAUUUGCACAAUAAUGGUUGUGCUUGUAGGUUCAGGGUAUCUGCCGGUUGUGUGCACAGAGGUCAACCAAGAUGCAGCCCCUUACAGCGAGACCAACUUUGCAAACAACUCAGUUGCCUUUCUGAUUGCCAUACUUUGCUCAUUUUUGCUCAUGGUAUCAUUCAUGUUCUCUUCACCCUAAAAUGCUCUGUAAGUCGUACACCUAUUGUUUUGUUGCUUUCGUUGAUGAACCGAGUCAACACUUUUUUUUUCUGUGCUAGAGCAGCAAAAAGUUAAAGGUUAGCACUGAGGUAAUAUAUGAUGUAUGUUGUUUGGUGCUGUUUGAGGAAAUGUGUCAGAUCAUGUUUAAAGUUGAUCAUUUGCACCAUGAAGGUCAGUAUUGGAUCUAUUAUUUGUUGGGGUUGAUUCUGAAAUGUUUUGUAAAAAGAUGAUAAUAAAGUUUGUGUUUUUUUCCCUUGA